GCGUCCUUCCGUUUGAGAGACGUCCUGUGUGUUUUAUGGACAAUGCGGCUUGCCAUCGUGGCGUUAUCUAUAGUGUCGUGUCUAUGAUGACGCACACACGUACUGGACUGACACGAUCACUGACGGUUAGAAGUAACCCACAGUAUUUGAUGAUCAGCACUUCUAGCACUGUGGGUAAAUGGAAGGCUAUGGCACGAUCUUUACCUUCUUCAUUGGACUCCACCUUACCUGGGAUAUCUCGAGAGGUGCUGUCUGUGUCCAUGGAACCAAAAUAUCAAUGCCAGCAGUGCAAAGAGAUUCUUAGGAAACCUUUCCAAGCACAGUGUGGACAUCGCUUCUGUGUGUUCUGUUUCAAACAACUCACCAGGGUUCUACAUCAGUCUGGAUAUACUAUCUUCACUUACCUCUGUGGAUAUGUCCUAGGAUAUUUUCAAUCUUUGCUCGGGGCCCACACCCUGCGAAGCCUGCCGUGCCGAGGGUAUAUUUGAAGAGACAACGUCUAUGCUCAAUAUUACAGUGGCAUUUCCUGAUAAUGCAGCACGAAGGGAAAUUGAUAGUUUACCAGCCAAAUGCCCAAACGAUGGAUGUAGCUGGUCUGGAACAUUGAAAGAGUAUGAGGGUCAGCACGAAGGUCGUUGUGACUUUGAACGUGUAAAAUGUGAAGCAUGUCAAGCGCUCAUCUUGGUCAGUGAGAAAGAACGCCACAAUGAGCGGGAAUGCGAGGCCAGAACCCUCAACUGCAAAUACUGCAAGGUCACAUUCAACUUCAAGGAAAUUAAGGCUCAUGAUGAAAUAUGUCAGAAAUUCCCCAUGCAAUGCAAAGACUGCGGUAAAAAGAAAAUCCCCAGAGAGAAGUUUCAAGAACACAUCAAGUCUUGCGCGAAGUCUAAGUCAGCAUGCCAGUUUAGUGAAAUUGGCUGCAGGGCCGUGGUUGACAAUGGUAAGCAGCAGGAGCAUGAGCAGACCAGCAUGACGGAUCAUCUGCGUCUCAUGCUAGCUGUGCUGUCCUCUGUGCGCCUGCGGGCCGAGGGCGCCGGAGAGUGGCAGGAAGAUUCUGGACUGGGAUUGUACCGCGGACCUGAGGAUGCAUCUCCAGCCGGGGCUCACGCUGCCGGCCAUCAUGCAGGGAGAGGAGGCAGUCCUGGUGUGCAGCAGAAAGUCACGGCGUUGGAGAACAUAGUGUGUGUGCUGAACAGAGAGGUGGAGCGCUCGGCCCUCACCCUGGAGGCACUGUCCCGUCAACAUCGACUAGACCAGGAGAAGAUAGAGAACUUGUCAAACAAGGUGCGUCAGCUUGAACGGACUUUAACAAUGCGAGAUCUUCAGUUAGCAGAGUCGGAGCAGUCCUUGCGGGAGCUUCAGUUUUGCACAUACGAUGGAGUUUUCAUUUGGAAAAUAGCAGACUUCUCACGUCGCAGACAAGACGCUGUGGGCGGCCGGGCACCUGCCAUGUUCUCACCUGCGUUCUACUCCAGUAAAUAUGGCUAUAAGAUGUGUCUGAGACUCUACCUGAACGGUGACGGCACAGGCCGGGGCACUCAUCUUUCUCUGUUUUUUGUGGUCAUGAGGGGCAAAUACGAUGCACUGCUGAAGUGGCCCUUUAGCCAGAAGGUGACACUGAUGCUGUUGGACCAGAACAACCGAGAGCACAUCAUUGAUGCCUUCAGGCCUGACGUGAGCUCCACAUCCUUCCAGAGACCCAUCAGUGAGAUGAACAUAGCCAGCGGUUGUCCUCUCUUCUGUCCUCUGGCCAAGCUGGCAGGCAAAAGCUCAUAUCUGAGAGAUGACACCAUAUUUAUUAAAGCCAUAGUCGACCUCACUGGCUUAUAAAGACCUGGAAUUACUCCUAGUAAUAAUUGAUGAUAUUAUUGUUGUUAUUAUUAUUAUAUCUCAGCUGCGGAAGCCAAACAAAUAACACGUAUAAUAUAAACGAUAAUAUAAAUGAUAAUAAAAUAAUAUUUCUAUAUUGAUUUUAAGAAAUAAAUUGAGUUAUAGUAAUAUUAUUAUGUGCACGUAUGGAGUGGAUUUGCUAAAACAGACUUCCAUACCAACAAUUGCACUAGUUUGAUAUAAUUCAAUAUUUAAAACAAAAUAAUUAUUUAUUAUAAUACGUAUUUAUAUAAUAUACAUGAGUACACAUAUUUUAAUAUUUUACCUAUACCUACCUGUAGUAUUGUAUGCGAUACAGAAAUGACUUAUAUGUUCCGUGACCUUAAAGGAUUACUUCACCACAAAAUAAAAAUGUGAUUCCCAACCCAUAAAAGCUUUGUUCAUCUUCAGGGCACAAGUUAAGAUAUUUCCGAUGAAAAGCAGGAGGCUUGUAACUGUCCUAUUGACCGCCGAACUGUCCCGACUGUCAGUGUGCAGAAAAGUACGGAAGACGUCGUUGAAUCAGUCGCUCAGCCUCAACGUUAUGAAGCUAUGAGAAUAAAAGAUGCUGUUUGUACACACUGUACAACAUACAAAACGGAUCUUUCCAUUACAUACACAGAACUGUGUACACAGGACGAGGCCCAAAAUGGUUUUACAGUGAUGUUAUGUGUUCAAUCGCCAAGUAAAGUAGUUCUUAUAGCUUACAAACCACUGAUGGCAGAUGAAGCAUUCAGACGAUGUCUUUCACACUGUUCUACACCUUGACCGUGGCGGUUGUUUGGCAGUCAAUGGCACAGUCACUAGCCUCCCAUUAUUCAUCCAGAGGAUCUUUAAUUAUGUUCAGAAGACCUACAAAGCUUUCAGGGGUUUGGAACCACAUGGACGUAAGUGAAUACUUUUGGGCUGGAGUAACCCUUUAAGGUUCGUCUGUUUUAUGCAUAUACUCUACUUGUGGUAUCAUUUUUCAUGCCGUUAAAUAACUAAAUGCAUCUUUUGCUGGAAGUAUAGUGUAAGCAUAUAAAUAGCUACAUGUAAGUUACUGGUCUGCUGUUUUUAGUCGACUAACUUGACUAGCUUAAUAAUAGAGUACCUGUUAUAAAAGCUGUGAGAAUCGUUCAGCCUAUAGGAACUAGUAACUGCUUGCUCUUCUAAAUAAGCCCUUUGAUACAGCAUGUGCACGAGGCUAUAAAAAUGGUUAUUUCAGCAAUUAGAAACCUUAGCAGGAGACUACACGCACUCUAGAAUCAAACCUGAUGAUGAUAAAUGAGCCCACUUGAGCGUUUAAUGAAUAGAAGAAUAAGAUCCACCACAAAUCCUUCUAAAAGGACCACCAUUUUUUUCUGUAUUAUCACAGCAAGCGAGGUUAGGGGUCCUGCUGGUGCAUAGAUAAUAAUCCUUGUUAGUGUUGGAAACAUGUUUUUUUUUUUGAUGAUCUGGUAUGUGUCCUUUCAAAAUGAAUGUGUUAUAUUAUUUAGCUAUCACUUGUUGAUUUGGAUUUCAUCUAGUGUUUGUAGCGAUAUUAAUCUACCCUUUAUUGCAUCGCAUUUUAAUCACAAAAUAUUUAAUUAUGUUCAUAAUUCAUAUACAAGUCCAAGUCAUAUAUAAGGGCAAUCUAUUAGUGUACAAUUCUAUUUUAUUUUGUAACAUCAAUAAACGCAAUUUCUUCUCUAA